UUCUGAUUGGGGGCUUGAGUGCAACGUCAAAAGCUGUGUGAAACAGUUCGUGGAGUUUGUGGAGCUGUUCGCUAGCAUUGUACUCUGUGUUCCGUCGAUUUACAAGUCGCUUGAAAAUUGGUAGCUGAAUUACUGCCACUGCUGAGCGAUAGCAGCGUGGAAACUAAGCCCAAUCCGAGACCAGCCAGCCAGUUAACAAACCAAUAACAGACACAGACAUUUCGCUAACCGAACCUAAUAAAACGCAUAUUAACAUACUAUUUGAACCGCGUUAUUCAAACCGCCGUCCGCAUAGAAAUUACAAAACAACAAUAUAAUAUAAUAAGCGAAAACUAAAUAUAUAAACAUAAGAGUAAUUAAAAUAAACUCAUCAUACGUAAUAGACCGUAAUAAGUGAAACAAAAAAAAAACCGAAAACAAAAAAAACAAAACAACACACAUGGCGUUCAUUUCGAAAGAUUUUCGUUCACCUGGCGAAGCUUGGGUCAAGACAGACGAGGGCUGGGAACGCAAGAAGGUGCUCGAGUGUGGCGGCAAACGCAAGCGCCACAGCUCGGAGGGUAGCUGCCCGGAGGCAACGACCAGCAGCAGCAGCAGCAGCAGCGAGCGUGAGGAGGAGCAGGAAGAGGGCUGCAUGCCGCCGCAUUACCACAUCACGAUACGCUGCACCCGCGAGAUAGCCGGCUUCAAUGGUUUGAGCGAGGCGGUGAAGCGUCUCGAUUUCCGUCGCUCGGUGCGGGAUCGGAAACGCUUCCACUACAUCUGUGCGUUCCUGCUGCUGGUCUCCAACAAGGGCAUUGCCAGCCUGCCGGGCAGCGCACAGCGCCAGCUGCUCCAAAUGGUCGAGGAGGUGGCCUCACAUGUCAAUGACAGCCAGCAGCAUCCGAAUGUGCUGCGCGGACUGGCGCUGAAGCUGGAGCAGAUUGUCAACCAGGAGAACCAGAAAUGCUGGGGCAAACCCCUGGGCAGCACCUACCUGUGGCAGGAGCACAUGGCCCGGAUCAAGCGCAUUCAGCGCGUGGCCAGCCAGAUCGAGAUCCGCGAGCCCGACCCGGAGGCACGACCCAAGCUGCACGAGCUGCCCGAGGAGUGCGUGCGCGAGAUCAUCCUGUGCAUCGCCGAUCAUCGGGAUUUGGAGUCGGCCGCUGAGGCCUGGGAGACCAUGGCCAAGCUGGUGUCGGAGCAGCGCAUCUGGCGUGAGCUGACGCGCUUCCACUUCAACCAGCGACAAAUCAGCACCAUACUGGACCUGGACAAGAUCAAGCAGAUGGGCGAGACCAAAGACUGGAAACAGAUCUAUCAUCAGCUGCGGCGCACCUAUGGCGUCAACGAUGACUACCAGUUCGCCGAGGUGCUGGCACUCUGCCGCUCCUGCUGCUGCCUCUUCUGGCCCUCCGAUGGCCAUCCGUGCAUCAUCGACCAGAGUCCCGACUACAAGCAGCGCGUCCAGGAGGCUGGCGGCCAGCUGGCGCUGGCUCAGCCUGUGCCUCCGGCACAGUUCUUGAAGUACUUUUCGUUGUAAGCUUCAGCAAGCAGAGACCAAGGCGCAGGGGGAGGGCGAGUACAGAGAGAUAGAGGAGGCGAGGAGAGAGUAAAGAUAUAUAUGAAUAUUUUUAAAGCCAGAGAGAGAUACAGGGUGCUCCAGCCAAUGCUAAGGCUGACGAAAGCCUGCGAAAUGCGAGAGACUAUUUUAUGUGUGCGUGUGUGUGUUAAAGUUUUUUAAAUUCUGGGACGGGCAACGAGUGAGAAAGACAGAGAGGGAGAGGGGAGGGGGAGAAAGCAAAGUGAUAAAGUCUUAACACUACAUAAUUAUAUUUAAUUUACAAUUUGAGCAGCUCACUUCCAGGCUGAGUUCGCAUAGGUUCUGUUUGGACUAGACUUUCGACUCUGCAACGCAUGCGUACAUGCUAUAAGUAUUGUUUUGAGAGAGCUCCGUGAAGCUGAGUUUAAUUUUAACUAAACUAUCCCAAAGCCUUCAUUUCAAAUUAAAUGUUUGUUGGCCUUUAAACGAACUUUUCAUUUGAAAUAGAGACAGAGAGAGGGAGAGAGAGAGUGGAAGAGUGGGCAAGAGCGAGCAUCACAUAGGAGGUUGUGAUCCCGAGCAAACAGUCCCAAAAUGUAUUUCAGUAAUGCAAAUUGAACUGCCACAAAAGUGCGAAAACUAUGUAGAGUAAAUAAUACUUUUCUGUCGGUCGACUUUAUUUUGAGAGUAAACUGAAGAAGAUGUGGAACAACAAUUUGUUGGACUUGAGGAUUAUUAGGCACAGUUUUGUGUAUAUGAAUUUUAAACGAUCUUUUUAGCGUUUAAGUGUAGAUUAUUUUUAUUGUCAGCUGUUUUUUGGUGCUACAUUCGCUGAUAAGUUGAUCAAGUUAACCAGUUAUCCCAGUUGUCCUAGCCCAAAUGUGUUACGAAAUCAAAACUCUAUUUACGAUGAUUGAAUCCCUUUUAAGAGUUACAACAAAACAAAGACAAAAACAAAAACAAAAGUAAAAGCAAAAACAAACGCAAAUAGAAAUCAUGUGAUGUUGCAGGAAGCAAAGCUAGAAACGAAUACACCUACCUAAAAAUAAUAAAGAAAAAUAUAAUACAAAAAGAUAUAUAUGAAUGUAUGUAUGUACUAUCUAAAUCGGAAUCAAAGAAAUAUAAAAUAUAUAUAAAUAUAUAUAUGUAUAUGUAUAUGCAUGGAUAUGUGGAGUAUAUCAUGUACAUCCCAGGAUCCAAGUCUAAUUUAAUCAAAUGCCGCCAGUCAGGAUACAAUAUAUAUAUACAGAUAUAUAAGUGUAAGAUUGUCUUAAUGUUAAGCAAGGUAAUAAGUACGAAAACAUAUUUUCCAACUCCAAAGCAAAGAACACUCUCAACUUAAAUAUUAAGAGCGUGUUUCUUUUUUUAACUGUAGACAAUUCAAUAUUAAUGCUUAAAGGCUUUUUCCGGAUCAGCUCAGUCUGCUCCUAUCCAAUCUAUGUAUAAAGUUAAGAUCUGAUUUAUAGACCAGAUUACAA